AUGGCCAGCCUGGGUUCAGCCAAGGUACCCGGUCCCAUCGAGUUUAUUUCCGGCAACAAGGGAAGCUGGAUAAGGUAUACAACAAGUGAAUCCAAAAAGUCCCCGAAGGAACUGCUCCUGAUAUCGGUCCUCCAGAAAACAGCGAUAGUCUUGCAGAUUGUAGACCCGUUCCAUCUGAUGGGUGGGGUUAGCUUACACAUUGUUGCUCAGGGCAGUGGACACUAG